UGGUAGCGGUAGUCGUGGUUGUGGUGGUCGUGUGGAAAUCAGCAGCUCCCUCCCUCCCCGGCGAAGUGGAGAUUUAAAAACCCGCUCGCCACAACCACCGCCAACCACGAAUCCUGUCGGCUCGGCGAGCGAGCGGCAGACGCGAGCGCGUGCGUGCACACGCAUGCGUGUGCUUGCAUGUGCUGCUGUACACGCGUGUGUGCACACGCACGCGUCAGCUCAAGGAGGCCCCGUGGCGAAGUGAACAAGAGCAGGCGCAUGAAGACCAAGGGGACCUCAUUUGCAUUUCUCGUCGGCUCGCGGUGACGCGCGGGGAGGACUCGGGGUGCCGGAGCUGAGCCGGGCGAGGGGACGGGGGGACGAGGGGACCAGGGGACUCCCCGGCGGCCGCGAGGACCCCCACUGGGCUCCCCUCUCCCGUCCGCGGCGGGGAGAGGCGGGAGGGGACUCUGCGUGCGGAGCGCCGGAGACGGGCAGGGAGCGCGAGACUGCGCGUGGACAUGUGUGUGCCUGUGUGUGUCUACAUGUGUCCGUGUGAACAUGUGUGUGCCUGUGUGUGUCUACAUGUGUCCGUGUGAACAUGUGUGUGCCUGUGUGUGUCUACACGUGUCCGUGUUUCUCUAUCAGUAUAACUCUGUGCGUCUGUGUGUAACUGUGUCUGUGUGCUAUCUCUCAGUGCUUGUGCGCAUGACUGCGUGUGUAUGUCUGUCUGUCUGUGCGAGUCCUCUCGGUCAUGUCUGUCUGUGUGAUCGCUCUUGUGCCGUGUCCUGUCCGUGUCUGUCUGUCCAUGUGCGAGCGCUGGUUGUGUGCGCAUGUGUUCUGUCUGUGUUAGACCGUCAGUCACUCACGGACACACACAGGUAGACGCUCACAGACUCAAACACACACGCAGAUGCACGCGUACAGACACAAACGUCGACACGCGUAUGCACGCCCAUAAAUACACACACAGACUAACAACAGACAUCGAAAUUCGCCGCUAAAUGGUGGUGACGUCACAACGGCGCUUGUGCCAGGCUAGGUGCACAGACCAACCCAUAUACAUACAUGCACAUACGUACACAGAGAUGUAUAUGUAGAUUUUCAGGCACACACAAACAGCAUACUUACACAGACGGAUACACAAAGAUAGAGACACACAUCCAAGCACAUAUAUACACACAGAUAUACACGCAAAAAGACAAGGACACACACAAACAUCGAGACGCAUGUACACAGGCAUACGGCUAGAUACACACAGAUUCACACGUACAGACAGGCAGACAGACACACACACGUCCACAAACGUGCUCGGAUAAUCGAAUAGUUAUAUAGAUACAGACACACGUCGAAAUACAGACAGCCACGCACACGUAGAUAGACCGACACACAAACAGACACACAGUUAGACACGCAGACCCCCAACCCGCGGUGGAGGAGGGUGCGCUCCCCGUCGCCCCCCCCCCCAUGGCAAACGGCGCCGCGGGGGGGAGCCCCCCGCGGGGCGACGCGGAGCCGCAGCAGCCCUCGCCAGCCGUGCCCUCCCCGCCCAGCAGGGUCACGAACUUCUUCAUCGAGAACAUCCUCAGGCCCGAGUUCGGCCGCCGCAAGGAGAACUCCAACUCUGCUCGCCGCGAGCAGCAGCAGCAGCAGGAGCAGCAGCAGGAGGAGCAGGAAGCGAGGGUGCGGAGCGGCGAGAGGGUGCCGGGUCAGCUCGGCGGACUCACCCGACGUGAGAGUCGAGAGGCGCUCAGCAGCAGCGUCGGCGCCGAGUCCUGCGGGACUCGCGACAGCGACUCGUGCACGGAGGAGCCCGCGGGAGGCAGAGGAGCCCUCACCCCGGCCCACGACUCGGCGGCGAGCCGCGCCUCGGCGGAGCCCGGCUCAAAGGCCAUGCUGUGGCCUGCCUGGGUGUACUGCACGCGCUAUUCGGACCGGCCUUCCUCCGGCCCGCGCAACCGCAAGCCCAAGAAGUCGGCGGGUGGAGUCGCGGCCGGAGUCGUGGGGGGAGGCGGCGCGGCCGCGGCGGCCGCGGCGGCCGCGGCGGCCGCGGUGCCGCCAGCCGGGGCCGCGGCCGGCGAGGAGAAGCGGCCUCGGACCGCCUUUUCGUCCGAGCAGCUGUCGCGUCUCAAGGCCGAGUUCCAGGCGUCGCGGUAUCUCACCGAGGCGCGGCGCCAGGCCCUCGCCCAGGAACUUCAAUUGAACGAGGCCCAGAUCAAGAUCUGGUUCCAGAACAAGCGCGCCAAGCUGAAGAAGGCGAGCGGAGUGCGCAACCCGCUCGCCCUGCACCUCAUGGCGCAGGGCCUCUACAACCACUCGGCGGGCUCCGGGGGCGCCAGGGGGGCGGCGGCGGGGGGGGAGAGGACGGACAGCGAGUGA